AUGGAAGCGCCGGAAUACUACGUCGGUGGCUAUUUUGGCGCCGGAGGAGCGGACCAAUUCUCGGCUCCGGAGAAGCGGCACGGCGACCAGAAGCCCGGCGAGCCUUUCGCUAUCGACGACCUCCUCGACUUCUCCAAUGCCGACGUUAUUAUGUCCGACGGUUUCUUCGAAAAUGUCGCCGGAAACUCCACCGACUCUUCCACCGUCACCGCCGUCGACAGCUGCAACUCCUCAAUUUCCAACAUUGUUCCUCGCGGCGGCUUCACCGGCGAUCCUCAAUUCUCCGGAGAACUCUGUGUUCCGUAUGAUGACAUGGCGGAACUGGAAUGGCUCUCGAACUUCGUGGAAGACUCGUUCUCCGCCGAAGAGGAGCUGAAAACACUCCAGCUUCUCUCCGGCGCCGCCGCGAAUGGCGGUGGACAGCAGACACUGGAGUCGUCCUCUUCCACCGACACGCUCCCGCCGUUCGCUGCGGACGACUCCGCUCGAAACGCGCCGUUUCUCCGUCAGGAAACCCCGCUCCCGGGGAAGGCGAGGAGCAAGCGUUCACGCGCCGCGCCGGGAGACUGGUCCACGCGCCUCCUUCACCUCGUGGCUCCCGCCGACGGUACGGCGCAACCGAAGGCGGCGCCGGCGAAGAAGAGGGAGGGUUUGAAUGCGGAGUGCUCGGGGCGGAAAUGCUUGCACUGUGGAGCGGAGAAGACGCCGCAAUGGCGAACGGGACCGAUGGGACCGAAGACGCUGUGCAAUGCGUGCGGCGUGAGGUUCAAGUCAGGGAGGUUGGUGGCGGAGUACCGGCCGGCGGCGAGCCCGACGUUCGUGUCGACGAAGCAUUCGAAUUCGCAUAGGAAGGUUUUGGAGCUGAGGAGGCAGAAGGAGAUGCAACGACAGCAGCAUCAGCAACUUCUCAAUCAGACUUCAAUUUUCGGCGUAUCCAACGGUGGAGAUGAGUUCUUGAUUCAUCAUCAUCAUCAUCAUCACCAUUGUGGUUCUGAUUUUAGGCACGUUAUCUAG